UUCCGGUCCGGAACAAAUCCGGGCCGAAACCCGGGUUGCAAUACCUGGGUUAACCCUGUCCGAGUACCGGGUUGUAAAUCCAGAACCCGAGUUUACAACCCGGAACCUUUUUUUUUUUUAAUUAAAUCCAACAGUGGUCUUGUUCUGUUUUCUCUCGCUUGCACGCAUAGAUCCGAAGAAGAAGAAACUUCUGAUGGCGCCGUCUCCUGGACCUUAUUCUGGAACCAGCACCCUUGCUUUGGUGGCUCGUGCUUCAGCUUUCUCUCUUAGACUCGUUUACUGUAGCCAGCUCAAGUACCUAAAGGUACUUCCAAUCAUUACUUCAUUUUUAUGGAAAAAUUACUAAUGUUGGAUUGGAUUGAAAUUGGAUAUCAAAAUAUUCAA